GACCCGGAUGUAUAUUUUUAUUUCCUUUAUGCGCCACCCAUGUAUGGGCUCGUGUGUAGAAUCUUACUGUUUUUUGAGCUUUUUAAAAUAGGAUCUCAAUAAUGGCUGGAACGGCGUUGAAGAGACUGAUGGCCGAAUAUAAGCAACUGACUCUAAAUCCACCAGAGGGAAUUGUUGCAGGUCCCAUUAAUGAGGAAAAUUUUUUUGAAUGGGAAGCCUUGAUUAUGGGUCCAGAAGAUACAUGUUUUGAAGGAGGGGUUUUUCCAGCAAUCUUGAGUUUUCCAUCAGACUAUCCCCUAAGCCCUCCAAAAAUGAGAUUUACUUGUGAAAUGUUCCACCCAAACAUCUAUCCAGAUGGCAGAGUAUGUAUCUCUAUUCUUCAUGCUCCAGGAGAUGAUCCAAUGGGUUAUGAAAGCAGUGCAGAGAGAUGGAGUCCUGUUCAAAGUGUCGAGAAGAUACUUCUUUCUGUAGUCAGCAUGCUAGCAGAACCAAAUGAUGAGAGUGGAGCGAAUGUAGAUGCCUCAAAGAUGUGGCGUGAGGACAGAGAUCAGUUUUUCAAAAUUGCUCAACAAAUUGUACGAAAAUCCCUUGGACUUUAACUGUGACUUUACAAUCUCUGAAUAAUGGACUUCAGGAAGGAUACACAAGAUACACAGUUUUAAAUGCAUGGUUGAAAAACAGAUUAUCAUUAUUUUCUUUAAUCAGUAUUUUUUAUUAAUAUUGUAUUUUUGGCUGGAUGGCUGCUAUGGAUGCUGUAAGCGUUAAGUUUUGUAGAAUAUUAUUUCCUUCAUAGAUUAUGAUUUUCUUUUUCGAAACUACACAGUUGAUGUGUAAUUGAUACAAAUAUUUAUUUAUUAUAGCCUUCAUUAUAACAUGCAAUAAGGGAAAGACGAUAAACUGUUAUUCUGGUCAGACUUUAAAUUCAUCAUUUACAAUAUUGUUGCAUUUAAGAUUCUCAAAAAAAAAGUCAAUUUUUGUGCAUAUCUUAAACGCAUGAAUAUUUAAGCCUUAGCAAUAUAUUUUAUUGGUUUUAUUUUUAUUGCGAUUCCAGACCUUUCUAUGUCCUAAAUAUGCCUUUGGGAUAAAAAAAGGUUUUUCCUUUGAGGUAAUAUUAUGUGAAAACUAUUUUUGAAAAAUUUCUGAUUUGGCUCGAAUUUUGCGCACUGUAUUUACUAAGUAAAAUUAUUUUGGUGGGGGAGGAAUUCUUAAUGUUAGAAGUGGGUCAUAUAAUAAAAUUUAUCCUUAUUUCAAAUCAAUGCUGUAUUUCAAAUUUUCCCUACUUAAAAUAUACUUUUACAGUUUUUUACUUUUUGAAUGAUACUUUACAUUUUUGUCACAGCAAGGGCACUAUUAUUUUUUCAGACUGUAAUAUAUUGUAUUCUUAAAUUCAGAAUAUCUUUUGUAAGCUGACAGCUGCAACCUUGUAAAAGAAACCUAUUACUGAUCAGACAAUAAGAAAGACCAAUUAUCCAAACUAAAUCGAUAUUUGAAAAACAAACAGUAUUUUGAAGUGUAUCUGGAAAGUCUGAUUAUGGCUAAGCUGCAGCCAUCCCAAUAAGCAUGUCAAAAUAUUCAUAUUCUAUUGGUACACGCUAAAUGUACAUCAGAAUAAGUGUAUGUAUAAGUAAGUAGCUGGUCAUUAGUCCGGAAUAUUAUUUUUUUAAUUAUAAUGUAUUUUAUUGUAUUUGAUAUUGUGGAAUGUAUUGCCAUUGGAGUUUAUAAUAUGAAUUGAAAAUCAUGCUUUAAAGGUAUUACAUAGAUUCAUAAACUGAUUUUGUGUAGCUACUUCA